ACUCGUAUUGUGGCUGCUGCUUCAAUGUCUUAUAAAAGUCAAGCGAUCUCACCUUAAUCUUCCAGUCCCACGAAAAGAGUUAAUUGCGAGGAAGGUGUCUGUAUUCAGGUGUGUUUGAAUAUUCGCUGCUUUGAACCAGGACAAAAUUAUGAACCCCUGGCACAAUAUCCUCUCUUUGUCUUGUAUUGCCGUCUCGUUAUUCUAUAUUUUUGGAACUUCAUUGCACGUGGCAGCGGUGUCCCACACGAAUGACUGUCGCAAUGCAACUCUGUACAACUGUGCACCUGAGGCUAGUUGUGUAAAUGAUACUGGUACUUUCAACUGUAGCUGUAAUGAUGGAUAUACUGGAGAUGGUUUUAAUUGUACAGAUUUAAAUGAAUGUACGAAUUCACUCCACAACUGUUCACAAUAUGCAACAUGUCACAACUUUGUUCCUGGCUUCAACUGUACUUGUAGGGAAGGCUUUACUGGAGACGGAGUCAAUUGUGCAGACAUUGAUGAAUGCAGUAAUGCAGCUCUGAGCAACUGUGCACCUGAGGCUAGCUGUUUGAAUGUUGCUGGUACUUUCAACUGUAGCUGUAAAGCUGGAUAUAUUGGAAAUGGUUUUAACUGUACAGAUUUAAAUGAAUGUACGAAUUCACUCCACAACUGUUCACAAUAUGCAACAUGUCACAACUUUGUUCCUGGCUUCAACUGUACUUGUAGGGAAGGCUUUACUGGAGACGGAGUCAAUUGUGCAGACAUUGAUGAAUGCAGUAAUGCAGCUCUGAGCAACUGUGCACCUGAGGCUAGCUGUAUGAAUGUUGCUGGUACUUUCAACUGUAGCUGUAAAGCUGGAUAUAUUGGAAAUGGUUUUAACUGUACAGAUUUAAAUGAAUGUACGAAUUCACUCCACAACUGUUCACAAUAUGCAACAUGUCACAACUUUGUUCCUGGCUUCAACUGUACUUGUAGGGAAGGCUUUACUGGAGACGGAGUCAAUUGUGCAGACAUUGAUGAAUGCAGUAAUGCAGCUCUGAGCAACUGUGCACCUGAGGCUAGCUGUAUGAAUGUUGCUGGUACUUUCAACUGUAGCUGUAAAGCUGGAUAUAUUGGAAAUGGUUUUAACUGUACAGGUUAGUAAAAGAUGUUCAUGCAAGAUCAUCA